CCACAGUCCGGCCGAAACAUGGAGCCGCAUCUCAGCUUCCGCGGACGGCGGGCCCUGGUGACCGGGGCCGGCAAAGGCAUCGGUCGCGCCGUGGCCGCGGCGCUGAGCAGGGCCGGGGCCCGCGUGACCGCGCUGAGCCGAACGGCGGCGGACUUGGAGAGCCUGAGGCGGGAGUGCCCGGGCAUCGAGACGCUGUGCCUGGACCUGGCGGACUGGGAGGCUGUUGAGGCGGUGGUGGGCGCGGCGGGGCCGUUCGAGCUGCUGGUUAACAACGCGGCGGUGGCGGAGCUGCAGCCGUUCCUGGAGGUGACGCGCUCGGCCCUGCAGCGGUCUCUCGAUGUGAAUUUUGGGGCUGUGCUUCAUGUUUCCCAGCUAGUUGCUCGGCAGAUGAUUGCACAGGGGCUGCAAGGGGCUAUUGUGAACGUCUCCAGCCAGGCAUCGAAGCGAGCGCUACGGGACCAUGCUGUUUACUGUUCCACAAAAAGUGCUUUGGAUAUGCUGAGCAAAGUAAUGGCAAUGGAACUGGGACCCCACAAGAUUAGGGUGAACACCGUGAACCCCACCGUGGUUAUGACUGACAUGGGAAGAAUUAACUGGAGCGACCCUCAGAAAGCUGCUGCCAUGAUUAAUCGGAUUCCCCUGGGAAAGUUUGCAGAGGUGGAUGAUGUGGUGAACAGCAUUCUCUUCCUACUGAGUGACAAGAGUGCUAUGACAACUGGCAGCUCACUGAUGAUUGAUGGGGGCUUUCUUGUCUCCUAAGAUGACACCUGUGUUUCACACCUAGCCUCAAUUUUCAUAUGAAUACUGCCUCGAU